AUGUCGUGUGCAUUUCGGCAUCCUUGCCCCCUUCCCCCCGACUCCCCCCUCCCCUCGCUUCCCUCCUUCAGGAUCUUCUGGGUGAUCCUGCUUCCGUCCCCCCUCCCUCCCAUCCAGGAUCUUUUGGGCGAUCCUGCGUCCGUCCCUCCUCCCUCCCACGUGGAAGCAGGGUGUGUGCUGCUCACGAUAGCAGGGGGGGCGAUGGAGAGGAGUGGGAAAGCACCGCUGCUGCUUGAAGGGAACGGGUGGGUGCCUCGGAAAGAAGAGGUGACAGCCAAGCCUAUUGGACAGGUUUGGGCCGAAGCGGAGGCAGAGCUAGGGUUGGUGGGUGGGGGAGGAGGGAGGGGAGGAGGGAGAGGAGGGAGGGGGAAGGGGAAGAAAAAGGCAGGAGGGAGAGGAGAGGUAGGGAUGGGGGGAAUGGGGAUGCAUGGAGGUGUGGGGAUGGGAGGUGGGGUGGCAAUGGGUGGGGUGAGAAUGGGAGGGGUGGGAAUGGGAGGGAUGGGAAUGGGAGGGAUGGGAAUGGGAGGUGUGGGAAUGGGAGGCAUGGGAAUGGGAGGGAUGGGAAUGGGAGGGAUGGGGAUGCAGGGAGGUGUGGGGAUGGGAGGAGGGGUGGGGAUGGGAGGGAUGGGGUGGCAUGGAGGUGUUGGGGUAGCAGGAAGCGCAGGAAUUCAUGCCACACUGCCACCGCCAGCAGCCGUAGUGUCUUCCCCAGUUGUACCUUCCCCAGUUGUACCAUCCCCACAACCAGCAGCACCCAUAGCAGCAGCAGCAGGAGCGGCAGGCAUGGACAGGGAAACCCAGCUCGCAAUAGCCAUCCUAAAGUCUCUCAUCCAAGGACUCAGCACACUGCAAACCAGCAUUCCUGCAACACAAGGGCCCAACCUUGUGUCCUUCGGCUCAAACCCUGUAACCCAAGGUUCAAACCCUCCAGCAGGUUCAAUCCCACCAGCAGGUUCAAACCCACCAGCCACAGCAGCAGACACUACUCUCCUGCAGCAGUUCGGGCCGAACCUCAGCAGCACCAAGCCGGAGGUAUCACGUGUGAUCUAUGCGGGGGUGGUAACAGCACAGCAGGCUCUGGGUUCCCAUCCCCCUCGCGACUAUGCUGCUCGUUCGCCGGCGCAACCAGCCAGCCAAUCGCAGCAGAUGCUCGUACCCAUUGGCCAAUCAGCUCGCGCCGUUCUCGAGUCAGUGGCGCUGCUACUUGACAGCCUGGCGACAAGAAAAGCUCUGCCCGACGGAUCGCUGACAAGUGGCGCGUUGUCAUUCGCUCGACUGAUUGGGAGAGGCAGCACCAGUCACAGGAGGUCAGAUGGGGUUCGGGGUGGUUCAGGAGGCAUGCGAAAGGGUUGUAUGCGGUUCCUACAGGCGUGUGCUACUGCUGGCUGCCUUGGUGGGAGUCAGAGCAUUAGUCGGGCGAAAGUUUAUGAGAAUAAUUAA